CAUUCUUGAAAGGUUGUGUUCUGAACAAAAUGAAUGAUCAUGAUCAACUCUACACAGGUUUCAUAUUUCACUUUUGGAGCAUACUUUGAUAUUGGGCUCUUUAAAUACUUACUGUUUGUGAUCAUUAUGUGUUUUUAUGCUUUAAUUAUCUGUGCCAAUGUGCUGCUGGUUGUGGUUAUCUGUGUGAACAGGAGCUUACAUGAACCUAUGUACCUUUUUCUGGUCAGCCUGUUUGUAAAUGAACUGUAUGGUAGUACAGGGUUGUUUCCAUUCCUUCUGGUUCAGAUCCUCUCGGACAUUCACACUGUUUAUGCUCCCUUCUGCUUCCUGCAGAUUUUCUGUGUGUACACUUAUGCAAGUGUACAACUUUUUAACUUAGCCAUCAUGUCUUAUGACAGAUAUCUUGCUAUCUGUUAUCCUCUGCAAUAUCACACAAGUAUGACAUUUAACAAGGUUGUUGUUCUUAUUGCUCUAACAUGGUUAUUUCCAUAUUUUGCAAUUGCUGUCCCAUUGUUUUUAAGUUCCUCUCUACAGCUGUGUGGGAACAUCAUUGACACAAUUUACUGUGUAAACUACUCUGUUGUCAAACUGGCCUGCUCUGAGACAACUGCGAACAAUAUUUAUGGACUCAUUACCAUUUGUCUUGUAGUCUUUGUUCCUCUCAUUUUAAUCCUGUACACCUACAUGAGGAUCCUUAAAGUGUGUUUUUCUGGUUCUAAGCAGACGAGACAGAAAGCUGUCAGUACCUGCACCCCCCACCUCACUUCUAUACUUAACUUUUCUUUUGGGUGUUCCUUUGAAAUAUUACAGAGCAGGUUUGAUAUGAGCAGUGUACCCGUUAUGUUGCGUAUUUUUUUGUCAUUGUAUUUUCUGACCUGCCAACCGAUCUUUAACCCUUUAUUGUAUGGACUGCAGAUGUCUAAAAUACGUAGCUUAUGUAAAAGUCUGAUCUUUGGUAAAAUAUAAACUAAUGUUUAAAAUCAUCUUGAUGGUUGGUGACCCCU